AACCACCUGUUGCUACCCUGCAACUAAGUCAUACUUUGUUUAGUGUUGGAAAACGUAGCUUCACAGCUGUUUGCUAAGUUCUUAAUUUUAUUUUUGUUUGUCUAUUUUUUCCUCUUUUGUUUUUUUUUCUGGCAAUUAUUAUGUUUAUUUGGCAAUUUACGACUCUUUUGUGCAUUAGCUUUAACUUCUUAGAGGCAAAAUCCAUCAAGAAAUCGUAUGUUAGCUUCCUGGACCCCUUUUCUGAUGAUGAGAGUCUGGGCAGGACGGGAAAGCCCCCAACAGAUAUUUCCAAUGAAGUGCAACGUAUGCAGCUCCCGAUAGAUCCGAUAGCUCCAGCUGCAAAAGAUAAAUGGCAUGGAAAAUGGUUUCCCCAUGUCCCUGGAGAAACACAGGCAACGAACACCACCGUGGAAGGAAGUCCUGUGGUGGCCACACCCAAGGAUAAAUGGCAGGGCAAGUGGUUUCCACAAGCCCCCGGAGAGCCCCACCUGGGCAAGAUGGCACACCAGCAGAACGUCACAACCAAAGAUAAUUGGCAUGGCAAAUGGUUCCCCUACGCCCCGGGAGAACCUCACGUGAUAAAGAAGAAGCCGUUGCUCUGGACUAAAUCGGAGGAUGAUAAAUCAGAGAAGUCAGGCUCCCAGGAAAAUUGGCUGGACCAUUUGGAUUCGACUUCCAAGGAUACCAAAUCUCACAAAAGUAAACAAAACAUAUGCGAUGAUGGAAAGAGCAAUCUUGCCAUAGACUUCGAUCCAAAUGACAUUCGCGAUAAUUUGAAUUAUCUGUGUAUCACUAGCAAUCGUAGCUUAUUCCAACCGAACUUGACCAGAGAAGCUAUUCUCACGGAACACUUCCUGCCCAGCGCCUAUGUGCCACCAGUAAAGUGCCUUAACGAGACAAUCAGCUACACCCACCUACCUGCCACCAAUGGUGCUUAUCGUCAGUUGCCUGCAGAAUAUGGAUCCUACACCUAUCUGCCACCUCAGCGGUACCUACGAAACCUAGCAGAAGGUGCCAUUGUGAUGCUGUAUCAUCCCUGCGCAUUUUCUGGCCAAGUGAAGCAAUUGCAGGACAUCGUGAGCGGUUGUCUGUAUCGCCAUCUGAUUUCACCUUCCCAGGCUCUGAGUCCAGAGCGCCCUUUGGCCCUGCUCGCCUGGAGUCGCAGCUUGGAGAUGUCUGUCGUUGAUCGGCGACUGGCGAGAGACUUCAUACAAAAACACGCCAAGCUGGGACCACUUGCUCCAGAGGAACUGUCCCGGGUAGUGGACAAAAGGGAGUCUUACAAAGCUGGCCUGCUCACAGAAGCACAUUUGGUCACCACGUCGGAUGACUACGAAGUGUGUGGUUACCUACAGGAGGAAAUGUAGGGAUAACAUGUUAACUAUUUGUUUUUAAUAUAAUAUAAAUUAAUAAAUUCGAAUAUUUUGCCAAA